AUGGAGCGCUCCGAGGCCUACUCCCUCUCGGCGGCCUUCAGCUGCGCCUUCCUGGCCUCCUGCCUGCUCUUCUCGGCCCUCAACCGGCAGCAGCGCCUGCCUUACAUGGACGAGGCCUUCCACGUCCCCCAGGCCCAGCACUACUGCCAGGGACGCUUCGAGAAGUGGGACCCAAUGAUAACAACGCUGCCUGGUUUAUACCUGGUGUCAGUUGGAAUUGUGAAGCCUGCAGCCUGGCUCUUUGGGUGGUCUGGAAGCAUAGUCUGCUCUACAGGAAUGCUCAGAUUCAUUAAUCUUCUCUUCAGUGUCGGGAACUUCUAUUUACUAUAUUUGCUCUUUUGCAGGAUGCACCAUAAAAAGGCUGCUUCCGGGGUCCAAAGAAUCCUAUCAACCUUGACCAUAGCAAUAUUUCCAACUCUUUAUUUUUUUACAUUCCUUUAUUAUACUGAUACAGGGUCAGUAUUUUUUACUCUUUUUGCAUAUUUAAUGUGCCUUUAUGGCAAUCAUAAAACUUCUGCCCUUCUUGGAUUCUGUGGCUUUAUGUUUCGUCAGACGAACAUCGUAUGGACUGUGUUCUGUGCUGGAAGUGUUGUGGCACAAAAACUAAGUGAAGCCUGGAAGGCAGAACUAUCAAAAAACAAAGACCAAAAGAGCUUAACUGCAAAGGGAUCCUUUGGAGAGUUAGUGAAGGUCAUCAGAUUUCUCCUUGAAUACCUCGUUUCGUUUAAAAACCUAAGCACUCUUAUUCUUCUGACUUGGCCAUACAUCAGUAUAGUGAUGGUGUUUUUUAUUUUUGUGGUCCUGAAUGGUGGCAUUGUGGUAGGUGACAGGAGCAGCCAUGAAGCCUGUCUUCAUUUCCCCCAGCUCUUCUACUUUCUUUCUUUUACUCUCUUUUUUUCCUUUCCUCACCUACUGACCCCUAGCAAAAUUGUGAAUUUUUUUCGUUCUGUGAAAACACACUUGUUGCAUUAUGCCAUCCUCACCAUCGUCUCUUUGUUCUUUGUCUGGAAGUUUACAUUCGCUCAUAAAUAUUUGCUUGCAGAUAACAGACAUUACACAUUCUAUGUGUGGAGAAAAAUCUUUCAGAGACAUGAACUUGUGAAGUACAUAUUAGUUCCAGUCUAUAUAUUCGCUGGCUGGAGUUUCACAGAUGCACUCAAGUCAAAAUCUGUCUUCUGGCACUUAGUAUAUUAUGUAUGUUUAUUUGCAGCUACAGUUCCCCAGAAGCUACUAGAAUUUCGUUAUUUCAUUUUGCCAUAUAUAAUAUAUAGACUGAACAUUCCUGUACCAUCAACUUUGAAACUUUUCCUUGAGUUGGUUUUUUAUCUUUUGGUGAAUAUAGUGACAUUCCAUUUAUUUUUGAACAAACCAUUUCAGUGGCCAAAUAGUGAGGAAAUACAGAGGUUUAUGUGGUAAUUUUAGGUUUCCAGGAAGAAUAAAUUCUAGGACUUUCUUCAGAAAAUGGGAGGCUGCAAACCUAGAAACUCUACCAAGGAAAACAAAAUAUUCUGAUUUUUUGUGUGACUGGGAGUGAAUGAGAAAUCUGAUGCACUAUCUUUACAGUUGGACUAUUUUUAUAAAUAUCACAUGCUGGGAAUUAUUAAACUUAACAUCAGGGAGACUUUGCUCGUAUAUCCGAUCUACUGUGAAUGAAGGGAUCUGUUUACAGUAUCGUCAUUUUAAAUAUGUCUUACGUUGGAGAUGCCAGUGUAUCUGUAUGUGUUUCUAGCUGUCCGUAACAUACACCAGAAAGAAAUAGUAUAAUUAAGGCCAAAAAGGUUUGAUUUUUGUAUUGUUUUGCCACUGUGAUGUAGUUUUCUACCGUUUUUGUUUGGUCAGAAUAUUUUAUGACAGUGCUCAUGGAGUAACCCCACAUUUGCCCCCCCCCACACCUUUUGAAAGGUUAAACUUUUGAGCCUUGUGUUGUGACUCAGACACCAAAAGAUGAUGAGUUGUUCCUCGGAUGUGUUCCUCAUGGGAAAAAUGAAGGUUGAAAGCAACACAAUGAGGGUUAUUGCUACUAAAAUGAGUUUGAGAAGGACACCUCAAGAUUAUAGCUUAUACCUAGUAACUUGGGAGGAUGCCAUCUUGAAGUCAGUGAGAUUCUUCUGAGUAGACAGGUAUAGGAUUGCUUUAUAAAACUGUUAUACUGGAGGACUAUAGUUCAUAUGUCUUGAACAAGUAUAAUUAACCUGAUUCACAGAUCACUUAACCUACUAAAUGCUGUAUUACUGUAUAUAGGCUGAACACCCCUAAUCCAGAAAUCCGUAUUAUGUAUUAUGCUAAUGUAUCAGCAUAUUAGGCAUACUAAAUAAAAGGUGGCUUUGCAAAACCUAUUGAGACAACAUUAACUAUUUGAGACCAUUGUCCUGUGCAGUCUUGUAAAAUUUAGUUUAUUUCUGAGGCAAUUUGGAUAGGAUUUUUCAGCAGUGCCACAUUCCUGAACAAUAUCUUUUUAUUAGAAAUUGUUCCACUGAACUCAAUAAGAGUUCUGCAUAUGGAUUAGUAGUUAAAUCCUCCUUGUUUCAAUCGCUUGACUAGCUCUUACAGAGUUGUAUCCAUCUUGGAAAAUGGUAUCCAUUAAGAGAAGAAUUGGAAGCAAUGCUUAGAAAUAAAUGAAACAUUUUCCAGGGUCUCCAGUUCAUUUUUUACAGGCCACCAAUCCCCAUAUAGUAGUAGGAUGAUGGUUUUCCUCCAGUAGAUGAACAUCAUGGAACCAGAAGGGUUUUUUCUCUUUUUUUGGUGGGGAGAUCAGAUUGCUUCUCAAUUACAGAUACAAUCUGAUAUGUAAACAGCAUUCAGAUCUGAUGUAAGUGCACAUAGAUUUGACUUCCCUUAGAUGGUUAUGUUCUUUUGACUGUUCUCUGACUCAGAGCCUUCCUCUCCUGAUUCCUUCUCUUUCACUAUGCCUCUGCAUCCCUCCUGCCACUUAAUUAAGGGAGUAGUUACUUUAUCGCCUGAGACAGCUUGGAAAUACUUAUUUUGAAAGCAAACUUUUCCGUGGCUGUCAGGAAACUGCCAUCCUUGAGCAAGGAGAAAGGAGGCAGCAUGUUAAUACUUCCUGAGUAUCUCUAUCCUUCCAUAGACACUAGAGGGCUUAUUGCUGUGCAUCAGGGUCCUGAACAAAUGCUGAGCAGUUAGUAAGGCUAAUUUAGGGAUGGAGAUGCAUCCAUUUUUCCUAUGCCUUACACUCAGUGGCUGCUGCUGUGUAUUAUGUAUGAAUAUAUCCUAGCUUUUUGUAGUGUUUUCUGUAACUACAAUGUCUUGGUAUGUCAGAUUAAAGAAAAAAAAAUAAAGAGUACGAUGUAACUAUUUUGUGCAUGCUCUUCUGCUGCUACAAGGGAGAGCAAGUAAACCCCUAAAAAGAGUGCAGGGUACACAUCUUCCAAGCCAUUUGGCAAGAAUUAUUGCUUGUCUUGCUGCUAUUCAGUGGGCUUUAGACUUGUGAAACCAGAUGGUGAUGUAUUGUGAUCCAACGCCUUGAUCGCCACACUAUUUUCAUGUAAUCCCAUUAUUUUUUAAAAAAAUUAAAUAUACAGGUUUUGAGUGAAUAAUAAAGAUUUCAAAAAUAA